AUGAACAUGACUCAACAAGAAGACCCCGAAGCACCCCAGGAUGUUAGACAGUCACAAAUGAGCAAAACCUCGACCGUCGAGGGAGACUUUGGCGGCGACGUUGGUAGCAUGAUGUCUUACCCACUGGCAUCUAGCUCUGAGGAGGACCCGGAACCUCAACCCUAUGAGGAAGACUCUUUGGCACCUCUGGUGGAUAAGCGAGAAGAAGACGCUUCGUACAAAGCACGUUGGGGGGCGAGGACUGAAGAUGGAACAAACCACAAAGGUUUGUUAUUCUCCUCCGCCCACCGAUAUGAAAUGUAG